CAAGCUUCUAGGUUAUGAAUCGACAAAGUUAAAAGUUGUGCUUGUCAUGGUCAUAUCGCUCCUUGAGUUUAAUUGUGAUAAAAUAAUAUUAGUCGACUAAAAUAAUCAGUUAGAAGUGGUACAGCUUAGAUUGAAGUCCAAUUUUCGAAAAAAAAUGGCCCAAGUUACCGAUUUUUCAACUCUUCUCGAAUCCCCCGUUUUUCGGGCCUAUUUGUUUUAUUCUGCUAUUUUGGUGGUUAAAAUGAUGAUUAUGUCCCCCAUGACCGGCAUGAUGAGGUUCAGGUACAAGGCCUUUGCAAACCCGGAAGACGGCGCCUCCCUCAAAGUCAAGCCCCGCACGGAUGAUAAUGUCGAAAGAGUCAGAAGGGCGCAUUUAAACGAUUUGGAAAACAUCAGCCUAUUUUUCGUUAUUGGGUUUAUUUAUGUUUUAACAAAUCCGGCAGUGGCGUGGGCAACUCUCCUUUUCCGAAUCUACACCGCUGCUAGAUUUAUGCACACGUUGGUUUAUGCAAUUUUUGUUGUGCCUCAACCUGCAAGAGCCCUCGCCUGGGUCACCGGCUUUGUUAUCACAGGGUAUAUGGCUCUCACGUCAAUAGUACAUUUCUUGUAAACCUAAGAUCAACAAUGGAGCCCUAGCUUGUAGCGUUUAUUUUAAAUAAAAUUGUUUAAACUGA